UUUGUCUUUUGCAUCCAUUCCUUCUCCAUCCACUCAAUGCUGUUUGCCGUCUCUCCCUCAUAAACUUUUCCCACUUAAUUAUCAGUUUCCACAUACCCCUAUCUCUUUAUCUCUGUCCCUCUCACUUUGCGUCUCUCUUGCAGUUAGGGUUUCCUCUUUAAGGGUGCUCUUCCUGUGACAAAUCUGUGCCUUAUAUCUCUCAUUGGCUAAGGCUCUUUUGUCUUGUGAGGGUAAAAGAGCAGCUUCUAAAGGGCCUCCCAACAAGGGGAAAAAAAAGGUACUUCCCUUUUAGUUCAUCUGAUCAAAGAAACCUAUACAUCACAAACAGGGAAAUCAGAAAAGAAAGAAAAGAAAAAAAAAAACAAAUGGCAUCAUCAAGCUCCUACAAUUCUCCAUGUGCAGCCUGCAAAUUCUUGAGGAGGAAGUGCCUUCCCGGGUGCAUCUUUGCACCUUACUUCCCACCAGAAGAGCCUCAAAAAUUCGCCAACGUGCACAAGAUCUUCGGUGCCAGCAAUGUGACGAAGCUCCUCAAUGAACUUCUCCCUCACCAGAGGGAAGAUGCAGUGAACUCUCUUGCAUAUGAAGCCGAGGCACGCGUGAGAGACCCCGUUUAUGGUUGCGUAGGUGCCAUAUCUUUCCUCCAGAGACAAGUCCAAAAGCUCCAGAAGGAGCUUGAUUCCGCAAAUGCUGAUCUCCUUCGCUUUGCCUGCAAUGACAUGCCUCCACCCUCUCUUUCUGUGCCACCACAAAUCCCCCAAAGGUCUUUUAGUGCAAGGUUUGGUAAUAAUAAUGAAUCAGCAAGUGGAGGAGAGUUCUAUAGGCCUUCUCCUACCACCACUUACUCUUACCCUUAUUCUCUUCCAUGGACUGAUACCUCUUCUGAGGAUAUCAAUGAUGGAGGAGGUAACUUGUGAGUGAAUUAUGAAUAAUAUUGCACAUCUAGGGUUUGUGCCUCUUUGAGGGCAUGGCCCUGCAAUAUUUAUAAUAUCUAGUUAUGGUCUCUCUGGCUAUUGUAGCCUCACUUGGACUCUUCUGGCUAGAUGUGACUGAUCAAGGUCUACUCUUAAAUUAAAUUAAUAUGAAGGGGUUUUGUUUAAUUUAA